AUGAUCCAAUGUUACGCGCCAACUGAUGCUACCGAAAUGCAAGAAAAGGAGAACUUUUACAGUCAACUGAAUGCUGUCGUGGAUAAAAUUCCGAAAGCUGAUAUCAAGAUCUACAUGGGCGACGUCAAUGCGAAGAUGGGCUCCGAUAACUCGUACUAUGAGCACGUCAUGGGACGUCUUGGCCUCGGAGAAAUGUGCGAAAACGGAGAGCUACUUGCAGAGUUUUGUGGCAACAAUGACAUGGUGAUCGGGGGAUCGCUCUUCCCCCAUCGGCCAAUCCGGCUGCGUAUUGCAAGGAUUCAGCGACAGGAGGAUAAGAUCGGGCGUCGGUUUAACACACGUCGUCUGGAAGAUGCUGCGGUAAGAAGGUCCUUCGUCGAAGAGCUAGAGAACCAUGCUGCAGAUAUUCCGGAAGGUGGAAGCGUAGAAGAUCAAUGGACCGCCAUCAAGAACGCCUUCAUUGCCACCGGCGAGAAUAAUCUGGGUGAGCUACGUACCCAGAGAAAACAGUGGAUCACAGAUGACACCUGGAAGCAGAUAGAGGAACGAAGGGACGCCAAAGCCGCGAUUGAGCGAGCGAAAACACGAGGAGCCAAAGCCGCAACCCGUCAGCCCUAUUCGGCUCUAGAGAAGGAAGUGAAACGCUCAUGUAGACGGGACAAAAGACUCCCUAGCCGAAGAAGUGGGACAAAGAUUAAUGCUACGAUACCCGCGAAAGACACGUCUGGACAGUUGUUAACCGACCGCACAGACCAGCUGAAACGCUGGUUCGAACACUUUGAAAACCUUUUUCAAGUGUCGGCCACGCCACCAACAACUCGGCAUGAUCCGCCAAGGGUUCGACGUAUUACCCGCGUCAACACCGAAGCUCCUGGCAUGGCAAGAGAUAGAAGCAGCCAUCCGGAGCAUGAAAUCGAACAGAGCCCCAGGGGUCGAUCGCAUAUCAGCAGAGAUGCUCAAAGCUGA